CGCAGCCUGGCUCCAGCUGGCGACGCGGUCGCCCCGGCCUUUAUAAAGGCGCGCGCGGCGGCGCCAGGAGCACUCGCUAGCUGGGCGCGCGACCGGUGUCACGGGAAACCUUCCAGUCUCCGCUCGCGACCGCUCCGCCUUCUCCUCUGUGGAUAACUUGCUGCUCGCGGACUGCAUCAUGACUCUGGAAGAAGUCCGUGGACUGGACGCGGUUCCGGACAGCACCGCCAGGAUGCAGGGCGCCGGGAAAGCGCUGCACGAGCUGUUGCUGUCGGCGCAGCGCCAGGGCUGCCUCACCGCCGGAGUCUACGAGUCAGCCAAAGUCCUGAACGUCGACCCAGACAACGUGACUUUCUGCGUGCUGGCGGCCGACGAGGAGGACGAGGGCGACAUCGCGCUGCAGAUCCACUUCACUCUGAUCCAAGCGUUCUGUUGCGAGAACGACAUCGACAUUGUGCGCGUGGGCGACGUGCAGCGGCUGGCGGCCAUCGUGGGCGCUGGCGACGAGGCGGGAGCGCCGGGAGACCUGCAUUGCAUCCUCAUUUCGAACCCCAAUGAGGACGCUUGGAAAGACCCGGCCUUGGAGAAGCUCAGCCUGUUUUGCGAAGAGAGCCGCAGCGUCAACGACUGGGUGCCCAGCAUCACCCUCCCCGAGUGAAAGCCCAGGGGGAUCUUUGGUCUGAUCGACUUGUGACGCCCUGGGGCGCCUAGCGUGCGGCUGGCUCUGUGGAUGCGCCCGCGGAGGGCGCCGGAGUGCGGCGUGGAGGCUGGCAGGCGGGUGGCGCGUGGAGAGCGAGCAGCAAGGAGGUGCGGUUCCCGAGGAGGGGGCCGUCAGCGUCAGACACUGGCUGACCCCGAGCCUAGGACUCUACAAGUGUGGGGGAGCGGCUGCUGUCCCAGGAAGGCCGGAGGCGGGACGUUGGCCGCCCGGCAGUGAAGGACGGACUGGCCCGGCAAGCGUGACUCAGCAGCCGGCGCUCCCGGCAGGAAGGAGGGGAAAAGGCCAAGCGAGGCGGCCUGGAGUUGGGUUACAGGAUCUCUGACGGACUUAGCAGCUUGCACUGCUGUUUCAGAGCAGAUCCGGGAGGCUCGAUUUUUUUUCUAGAGGAUGCUGCAGUUGAAGCUUUGAAUUGCACAAUAAACUUAUUGA